AUGGAGAGGGCCGGCGCCCAGAAAAGCGGCAAACGGUUGCUGCCUCGCCUCCUCUUCCUCGCCGCCCUGUCGUUCACGCCGUGGCUUCUCAUAUUCUGCCUCCACUUCUCCGUCUUCGACGGCGCGCCGCCGGUCAGAUCGCCGCACCUGUCGCUCGUCGCCGUCGUGUCGGACGGCGGCGAGGACGCACAGGCGCAGCGUUUCCUCCUCGAGCAGGAGGAGCAGCUCGGGAGGCUCCCGUCGGCACGUGAUGUCACGACGACGACGGUGGCGGCAGCGGCAGCGGCAGGGGACGCCGCCUGCGAGGGGCGGUACGUGUACAUCCACGACCUGCCGGCGCGGUUCAACGAAGACAUCUUGCGCAACUGCGGCGAGUGGUACCAGUGGAUCGACAUGUGCGUGUACCUCGGCAACGGCGGCCUCGGCGAGCCGGUGGACAACGCGGACGGCGCGUUCGCCGACGAGGGGUGGUACGCCACGGACCACUUCGGCCUCGACGUCAUCUUCCACAGCCGCAUCAAGCAGUACGAGUGCCUCACCGGCGACUCCUCCCGCGCCGCCGCCGUCUUCGUGCCGUUCUACGCCGGCUUCGACGUCGUGCAGCACCUCUGGGGAAGCAACGCGUCGGUCAAGGACGCCGCGUCGCUGGAUCUCGUCGACUGGCUCACGCACCGCCCCGAGUGGCGCGCCAUGGGCGGCCGCGACCACUUCGUGCUGUCCGGGAGGACGGCGUGGGAUCACCAGCGGCAGACGGACAGCGACUCGGAGUGGGGCAACAAGUUCCUCCGCCUGCCGGCCGUGCAGAACAUGACGGUACUCUUCGUCGAGAAGACGCCGUGGACGGAGCACGACUUCGCCGUGCCGUACCCGACCUACUUCCACCCGGCGAAGGACGCCGAAAUCUUCCAGUGGCAGCAGCGGAUGCGCGCCAUGAAGCGCGAGUGGCUCUUCACCUUCGCCGGCGGCACGCGCCCCGGGGACCCCAACUCCAUCCGUCACCACCUCGUCCGGCAGUGCGGCGGCUCCAGCUUCUGCAACCUGAUCCAGUGCCGGAAGGGCGAGAAGAAGUGCCUCAUCCCGAGCACCUUCAUGCGCGUGUUCCAGGGCACGCGCUUCUGCCUUCAGCCACCCGGCGACACGUACACGCGGCGGUCGGCGUUCGACGCCAUGCUGGCCGGCUGCGUGCCGGUGUUCUUCCACCCGGCGUCCGCGUACACGCAGUACAAGUGGCACCUCCCUGACGAGCACGACUCCUACUCGGUGUUCAUCGCCGAGGAGGACAUCCGCAGCGGCAACGUCAGCAUCGAGGAGACGCUCCGCAAGAUCCCGCCGGACGUCGCGGAGAAGAUGACGGAGACGGUGAUCAACCUCGCACCGAGGCUGUUGUAUGCUGACCCUAGGUCCAAGCUGGAGACGAUGAAGGACGCCGUGGAUUUGACGGUGGAGGCGGUAAUCGAGAGGGUCAAGAAGCUGAGGAAGGAGAUGCACCGCUCCGGCGCCGGCGCCAGCGCAUCGACGCGGCUCUCAACGACAUCAGCUGAUGCAAACACCAGUGGAGGUGUGCAAUCGAGUUAGGUCAGAGUACCAGAAUAGUUAGGGAGAUGAUACAAGUAAGUUACAGAGCAAACACAUGAGAUUUGAAACUGUUUGAUUUUUCAUGUUUUUCCAAAGGGAAAAAAAGCAGUGGUUGAAAUAAAAUUUUGAUCCCGGUUACCUGACGA